AUGGUCUUUGACCUUGGCAACAGAGCUCUGUGCUUUGGCUUUGUGGCUGCAAUCAUGUUUGCAGUGCUUUUUGUCAUUGUGCUGCUGUGGAUUUGCUCAUGGUUUUAUCAGAUCUUGGUUCUUGGUUAUAUAUUGCUCAGCAUUGCAGCUGUGGUCAUGGUGAGACUCCAUCUGAAGCAGCUGCAGGCCAUGGAUACUGUUAAAGCACAGAGGUGCUGUGAAGCUGAGCUUCCACCUAUUAUGACUGUGGAAGCUAAGCCCUGGGGAAUAAUGGUGCUGUCACAGCCAUGGGUCAUGGUUGAUGGGCUGCAUGGUGGCCUGAAGCUACAGAAUAACUGGAAAGAGAUGUGGGCAUAUAAUGCUGUGACACUGUUUGCAACAGAUAUCAGUAUCACCAGACAGUUAUCAUAUGUGCAAGAGCUACUGUGUUGCUUUAUUGAGGAACAGAAGAGCAUGAUUAAUUGGGGUGAAGAGUUGUGCAACUAUUAUUAUCAAGACUGGAUAUGCAAUUGGAUGGACUGGUUGCUGGCAGAGGAUGAUAAGAUUCUAAUUCUGCAUUACUCUCUUUAUCUUGUCAGCUGCUUGGAUGGAGGUGGUAGCAGAGAUGUUCAGCUGCUGGAGGAAGAAUCAAAAGACAAACCUCUGGGAAUUCAUGGCACAGUUUUCCAUGGAAGGGUUGAUGUGGCUUGUAUCCUUGCCAAGGAAUUGAAUGAAUGGACUGGAAGAAUGCUGGUGACUGUUUCUGCCCAUCUGGCAGUAUGGGAUGCAGUCUGUGAUGUUGCCCUCCAUGAAAAGGCAAGGCUUGGUUUUCAGGAAUUGGAAUAUCAACCAGAAGCGGACAAAGGAAGCUUCUGGGCACCAGAUAACAUGCCAAGCAAUAUAGCUUGAUCAUGCACACUUGGGCACUGAAGUCUUUCUG